GGGCGGCGGGGACAGCGGCGGGGCGGCCGGCGGUCCUGCGCGCUCGGCGGCGGCGUCGCGUCUCCAUGGGGUCGGCCCGCGGCGCCCGAGCGCUCUAAGAUUCUGCUCAGCAGGACAUUCCCACUGCUGCACCAAGGGCAGCCGUGUCUUCAGCGGGACGGGGAUUCCUGGAGAGUUACCUUUGUGAAGAGCUGGCAUAAUUUAAAUUCCAUCUUUUGUUUUCCGUUUUGUUGUGUUUCAGAAAGAUAUCAAGAAACCAUGAACAGCUUUAGUAACGAGGAGUUGGACUGCCAUUUCCUGGAUGAAGGCUUUACUGCCAAGGACAUCCUGGACCAAAAAAUUAAUGAAGUGUCUGCCACUGAUGAUAAGGAUGCCUUCUAUGUGGCGGACCUGGGAGACAUUCUAAAGAAGCACCUGAGAUGGCUAAAAGCGCUUCCUCGGGUCACCCCCUUUUAUGCGGUCAAAUGCAACGAUAGCAGAACCAUAGUGCAGACCCUCGCUGCCAUCGGGACAGGAUUUGACUGUGCCAGCAAGACUGAAAUACAACUGGUGCAGAGUCUCGGGGUGCCUCCAGAGAGGAUUAUCUAUGCAAAUCCUUGUAAACAAGUGUCUCAGAUUAAGUAUGCCGCCAAUAAUGGAGUCCAGAUGAUGACCUUUGAUAGUGAGGUGGAACUGCUGAAAGUCGCCAGGGCGCAUCCCAAGGCCAAGUUGGUUUUGCGCAUCGCCACUGAUGAUUCCAAAGCAGUCUGUCGCCUCAGUGUCAAAUUUGGUGCCACACUCAAAACCAGCAGGCUGCUUUUGGAGCGGGCGAGGGAGCUUGAUAUUGAUGUCAUUGGUGUCAGCUUCCACGUGGGAAGCGGCUGUACUGAUCCCGAGACCUUCGCACAGGCCAUCUCUGAUGCCCGCUGUGUCUUCGACAUGGGCGCUGAGGUCGGUUUCAACAUGUAUCUGCUUGAUAUCGGUGGUGGAUUUCCUGGAUCUGAGGAUGUAAAGCUUAAGUUCGAAGAGAUCACCGGUGUCAUCAACCCAGCGUUGGACAAGUAUUUUCCCCCAGACUCCGGAGUGAGAAUCAUAGCGGAACCAGGCAGAUACUAUGUUGCAUCAGCCUUCACGCUUGCAGUUAAUAUCAUUGCCAAAAAACUCGUGUUAAAGGAACAAACAGGCUCUGACGACGAGGAGGAGGCCAGCGAGCAGACGUUCAUGUAUUACGUGAACGACGGCGUGUACGGCUCCUUCAACUGCAUCCUGUACGACCACGCCCACGUGCAGCCGCUCCUGCAGAAGAGACCCAAACCAGAUGAGAAGUACUACUCAUCCAGCAUCUGGGGACCGACCUGUGACGGCCUGGAUCGCAUUGUCGAGCGCUGUCGUUUGCCCGAGAUGCAUGUCGGCGAUUGGAUGCUCUUUGAAAACAUGGGUGCUUACACGGUGGCUGCUGCUUCCACGUUCAAUGGAUUCCAGAGGCCAACCAUCUACUAUGUGAUGUCGGGGCCCACGUGGCAACUGAUGCAGCAGAUCCGGAACCAUGACUUCCCCCCGGAGGUGGAGGAGCAGGACGUCGGCCCUUUGCCCGUGUCGUGUGCUUGGGAGAGCGGCAUGGAGCGCCACCCGGCAGCCUGUGCUUCAGCGCGCAUCAACGUGUAGACACCACUCUGGUAGCACUGCGAGUUUAGCUUGAAUAAGGGUUUGGGGGGACCGUUUAACUUAAUCACCGCUAGUUGGGAGAUGUCUGAGUAGGUUGGCACAGAUGCAGCAAUGUGGGAGACGAGGAGAUGGGUCACACUUAUCUGUGUUCCUAUGGAAACUAUUUGAAUAUUUGUUUUAUAUGGAUUUUUAUUCACCUUGCCACCAUGCUACUAGAGUGCCCUUCACCUGCCGAGCAAGCGUUUGUAGCUUGUGCGUUGGCAGGAUGGGCCGGAAGCUCAGUGCUGUGACCUGUUUUAAAAAAAGAUAAUAAAAUAUCUUGAAAUAA